AUGUUCUACCUCGUCCAUCAGCCGCCUGCAGAAGCUACAAUCUUCUGCAGGGAACUCGACCUAUUCUAUUCCGCUAGCAGUUUUCGCAUAUCGUGUUCGGGUUUCCAGCGAGGCUACAACUUUCUUCUGAAGCCGCUCCAGUGAAGCAGUGCACGAGUCCGGUCACAAGCAACGUCGACUCCUCCACAUUGACAAGUUUUUGAACUUUUUCACCGCGAUUUUGACCCCUUUGUUGGUACGCGAUACACGGUUGGGAUGGUGGGAUGUGUAGAGUGAUAUAUAUCGCCUGGCCUGUGAGCCCUUUUCUCGUCGAUGACGACUUCAAUCGCUAGUUCAAUUGUGUUGUGAGUUUUCCGUGCUUGUCUCGUUUUAUUUUGUUGUAAGCCCCCCGAUGUAGUUUACAAAACUUUUCUUCGAUUUCCUUUUCUCAUUCAAUCUUUGACCGGAUACGUCCUUUACCUUGUCUUUUGAUUGGGUUCCUAGAUAAAUAAGUGACGUAGGAAUCGUUGUAUAAGAGUCUGCUAAUGCUUAGAAUUGUGUUGUAGAACUGAUUUAGAGCGCAAUUGUCCUCUUGCGUAAUAUCUGUAUUUUUGUUAGACCGUCCUUGAUUGCCUAGUCCUUAAAAGUUGUCUUAGUUUCACUAAUUCACGCUUCGGGACGAAGCUUUCUUGGAGCGGAGGGAUGUGACAGGACGCUAGUUGACCUGACCUCAAUGCCAUAUGUACUAUCAUGUAGGCGUGCCAAUGGCACGCCGCCUACUUGUAUUGUCACUCUUGCGCUCAGCACGCAUACCAACUGGCGGUGCUGA